AUGGGAAGGCAGAAGAUCCUCCUGGACAAGUUGGCACGCAUCUUAUAUAUUCGUAAUUUGCUGAUCCGCCAGGCUCUAGCCGAGUGUCUGGGGACACUCAUCCUGGUGAUGUUCGGCUGUGGUGCAGUGGCCCAGCUGGUACUCAGCGGCGGUUCCCACGGGAUGUUCCUCACGGUGAACUUCGCCUUCGGCUUUGCGGCCACCUUGGGCAUCCUGGUGUGUGGACAGGUUUCAGGAGGUCACCUCAACCCUGCUGUGACCUUUGCCCUUUGUAUCAUUGGGAAAGAUCCCUGGAGGAAGUUUCCUGUCUUUUUCUUCUUUCAGACUCUGGGUGCCUUCCUGGGCUCUGGAAUCAUCUUUGGAAUGUACUUUGAUGCACUGUGGGACUUUGGCCACGGGAAGCUGAUUGUGGUGGGAGAGAACGCCACUGCCGGGAUCUUCGCCACAUACCCCUCCAAGCAUCUCACUCUGGUCAAUGGCUUCUUCGAUCAGAUGAUUGGUACUGCCGCCCUCAUUGUGUGCAUAUUGGCCAUUGUGGAUCCUCACAAUAACCCUAUUCCCCGGGGCCUGGAGGCCUUUACUGUGGGAUUUGUGGUGCUGGUCAUUGGCCUCUCAAUGGGAUUCAACUCCGGAUAUGCAGUCAAUCCUGCGAGAGACCUCGGGCCACGCCUGUUCACUGCUCUUGCUGGCUGGGGAACCGAAGUCUUCACUGCCAAAUCCUACUGGUUCUAUGUGCCCGUUAUUGCUCCGUUGCUGGGGGCGUUCGUCGGUGUGUUGGUGUAUCAGCUGAUGGUGGGCUUCCAUCUGGAGGGAGAGGUGCGAGAUAAGGCCGAGCAGGAGGAGGAGGAGGAGGAGAAGGAGGAGAAGGAGGAGAGCGUCAAGCUGUCCAAUGUGAGCACCAAGGAAGCGGAUUGA